GAACUCGGAAGCGAUUUAAUGGCUGCUCGUCGCUAUAUUUUCAUAAUUUCAACGUGUGAGAAGUAAAUAAUAUUCCAUUUAGAUAAAGAUUAAGUCAUUAUUAUUCAUUCAGUGCUUCAAGAUUGAACUCGAAUCAAGUGAGAAACCGGAAAUAACGCGGCGCUGUUAUUAGCGUACCAAGUGGAAAUUUUAGUAAGCAAGGGAAAAUAAUGAACGAAUAUACGGAUUCCCUUCAACCUCCGUUAAAGAAAGCCAAAUUGGACGAAGCUGAUAUGUUUAUGACUAUUGAUAAGUAUAUUGAUCUAAUUGCUUCUACAGAUAAACCCUUAAAGGUUGUUUUAGAUGAGGUAGUAUCAGCUCCUCUGCCUAUAACUAAAGUAUGUAUUGGACAUAUUAAAGAUGUUAAAGCUAUAUCGAAAACAGUCUUGCUUCUAAAUGAGAAGAUGCCUUUAAGGGAAUUGCAGCACUUGAAAAGGGUACGAAAACAGGAAAUUGUGCUCUGCCCAAGUAGUUACUUGAAAGACACAAGUAUUAAACAAUAUUUGGCGGGAUGUGAUGAAAAAUUAACUGAAAUUUUUGAUUCUUUCAAGGAAGCAGAUGUACCAAUGCUACCACCGAAGCUCAAAUCGCAAUUCGAUGACACCAGAAAGUAUUGGCCAUGCAAUUUUCAUCCGGAUAAAUAUUUAGAAAAACUAUUCAGUGAUAAUGUGUUUUCGGCUGACGAAAAUAAAUUGCAUAGAUUGUAUAUGCGUAUGGUGUUUGUAGUGACUAAAUGGUUUUGUGAAAGGACAGGCAUUUCUAUAGGACACGUAAAUUCUAAUAGAGUUUCAAAAGAUUUAAAUGUGACAGUUAUUGUUGAUCCAAGUAUUAAUAGUGUUGUUGCGAUAUCCACAGAUAACAGAUUGAAACACCCUAUUCAACAUUCAGUAAUGUUGGCUAUAGACAAUGUUGCUAGAACUCAAAAAGGAGGAGCAUGGGACAUCGACCAUAAACUUGACGAUGACGCGUUUAUAGAUUUGGAAUUGUUGAACUUUUUGAAAAUGGAAUUCCGAAAUGUCAAAUUUGGGCACAGAAAAUUUGUAAGCAAACGAGAUUCUUCUAACAAUGGAAUAGAGGUAUUGGAUCAAGAUGGGCCGUAUCUAUGUACUGGGUAUUACGUGUAUAUGUUGCGAGAGCCUUGCGUUAUGUGCUCUAUGGGAUUGGUGCAUGCUAGAGCGAGACGGAUAUUCUUUUGUUUCGACAACGAAGAGGACGGAGCAUUGAAGUCGAAAGCAAAGCUGCAAACUGUUGCAUCGUUAAAUCAUCAUUUUGAAGUGUUUACUGGGUUUUUAUAACAGCGUUACGUGUUUUUUUAUAGAAAUG